CUCACGCCAUCCCAGUCGGCAAACAUUAUAUGCUUUAUCCUCCAUAUAAACUGCAACAGCACCCAUAAUGAUUUCGCAGCGAGAUAUUUUUCUCUCUGCUUCAUAUUCAGAGUUCAGAGUUCUACCAUCAUCAGUCUCGGGCAGCGUAUGGGUCAACAUCCUGAUCUUCUCUCUUACAUGCCUACUGGCCUUCAAUAGCAAGGGUUUCCUCACCAGUCAGAGAAAACACACAUAUCCCAUGUCGUAACCUCUAUCUAACUUGUCCAGUCGCAACCAGCAGAAACAAAAUGGCUUCUAAUACGCCAGAGUCCAAGCCCUUCCCAAAGGGUGUGGUUGAUGAAAUACCAAAAGUGUCACAAUGGCUUCGGAGCCCCGCGGCCAUGUUUGCUGGCUCCCUUCGCAACCAUGACUGCAGGAACGGGGAGGGCCUGCUGCGAGUAUCACGUAAUCUCAUGAAGAGCCUUAGAGAAGAGAUAUCGAACUACCCGAUAGAGCAUGCCCUUUCCGCCGUCUACUUCGACGGCAAAGAUGAAAUACCAGUCAGGGAAGGAUGGGUGUCUUACCUCAUCCCUAUAGAUGCGCCGGCAGGAACCAUGGUCGGAGACUCCUUGCUCGACCCGGGUCAUUAUGUCCGAAUGGAGACAUUUACUAAGAUAUACGGCCACUUUUACGCCAUGAUUUACGAGUCCCGCGACCUAGACACCGAAGGGGACAUGUUCGCCCCGAUGCUUGCCGACAAGGUAUCCCGACAGCCAGAGAGUAACGCUGUAAUCAACGGCACCGAAACGGGCAAGCACACGGUCGCCAGCAUCGACGACAACGACACAUUGCGAACUUCUCGAAGAGAAUCAUAAGAUAACAUCAACGGGGCUAGAAUUUUCUGCCGUGGAAUCGUUCUAUGAAAGAAGGCGGUGUGAGCUAAGGCAUUAUUCCUUCGUGAUAACAU